ACCCCCACUUUCAAAAUCAAAAACCGCAUCUCUCUCUCUCUCUCUCUCUCUCUCUGCAACCACCGCCGUGACGACCAUGUCAACCACCACACCAUCGUCACCACAAAUCACCAUCAGAUCCGUCUUCGCACAAAACAUCGACACCGAAUUCCGCACAAUCUCCUCAAUCAUCGACGAUUACCCCUUCGUUUCCAUGGACACAGAGUUCCCCGGCGUCGUCAACCGCCCUAACCACCACCACUUCCACCACCACCACAGCCCCACCGACCACUACCUCCUCUUAAAAUCAAACGUCGACGUUUUAAAACUCAUUCAAGUCGGUCUAACCCUAACGGACGCUAACGGCAACCUUCCAGAUCUCGGAAACCCUAACUGCCGUUACAUUUGGGAAUUCAACUUCAACGACUUCGACCCGUCACGUGAUCAGCACGCUUCCGAUUCCAUUGAACUACUAAAGCGUCAAGGUAUUGAUUUUGAGAAAAAUAAAAAAUUAGGGAUUUGUUCAGUCAAAUUUUCGGAACUUAUGAUGACGUCAGGGUUGGUGUGUAAUGAACAUGUGAGUUGGGUGACGUUUCAUAGCGGUUAUGAUUUUGGUUAUUUGGUGAAGAUGCUGACUGGACGAGUGUUGCCGGGUGAGUUGACUCGGUUUUUGGAAUUGUUGAAUGUGUUUUUUGGGGCUAGGGUUUAUGAUGUCAAGCAUCUGAUGAGGUACUGCGAGAGUUUGUAUGGGGGGUUGGACCGGGUGGCCAAGACGUUGGAGGUGGACCGGGCGGUUGGGAAGUGUCAUCAGGCGGGUUCGGAUAGCUUGCUGACGUGGCAUGCGUUUGAGAAGAUUAGGGGGUUGUGUAAUGGUGGGUUUGAGAAGUAUGCUGGUGUGCUUUAUGGGCUUGAAGUUGUUUGAGAUGCUAGCUAGCUUGUAGAAUUCUUUGCUAAGAAUUUUAGUUGCAAAUCGACAGAUGUAAAGUUCUAGUAUUUCUAAUAUGAAUUAGCUGGUAUUAAUCGAUUAUUUCGUUUUUAUUUACA